AUGGAACUAUCACUCAAAGGGCAGACAGCACUUGUUACUGGUGCCUCCAUGGGCAUCGGAGAAGCCAUUGCUCUCGCGCUGGCUGCGAAGGGUAUGAAUAUUGCGCUACUGGCAAGGAGUAAAGACAAGCUGGAUACAGUGAAGAUGAAGAUUACGAGUAAAUAUCCGGACGUCAAAGUUAGCGUAUUUGCGAUUGACAUUCAAAAUCACACGAAUGUCGACGAUACAGUUCGAACUGUCGUCUCGGAGUUGGGUGAUAUUGAGAUCCUAGUCAACAAUGCUGGCCUUGCACUUGGUGCACCGGCGAGGUUCUGGGAGCUCCCAAUCGAACUUGUUAACCAAAUGAACGGCACUAAUAUUGCUGGUGUUAUGUAUACCACUCAUUCUGUCUUGAACAGGAGCAUGUGGCCAAGGAAGCGAGGCACAAUCGUCAAUGUUUCGUCCGUAACAGGACUUGAAUGCCCGCCCUUCGAUGGCGAGGCAGUCUAUCACGCAAACAAAGCCUGCCUCGAGGGAUUUAGUAACAGCUUGCGUUCGGAAACAGCAGGGUCAGACAUCCGGGUUCUAGUGCUUCGACCGGGCUGUGUCGCAAGCCAUUUCCACCUUCAGCGAGUCAAUUAUGACCCGAAGGCUAUGGAUGAAUUCUUUUAUGGUUAUGAGCCACUUGUUUCGGAAGAUCUAGCCGACGCAGUAAGUUACAUGAUCAGUCGACCUGGAAGGACCUCGAUCAAAGCGCUGGACUGUGUCCCAACCGCCCAGAGAUCGCUUACACGCUUUGAUCGAGAAUGGAACUCCAGACGGGAAAAGAAGGAUGAGGCCUGA